GCGCUUCUGGGACACACCUGGUGCGCACCUGGAGGAGAGGGGGUGGUCGCAGCCCGGGGCUUCAUUGGCUGGGGCGAUGGGUGACACAGCCCAGGGGCCAGCCGGGCACCAGGGGCGGGGCCGGCUCUCCCGCUGAGCUCCACAUCUGGGCUGCCCUGCCCCGCGCCACGCCAGACCUGCGCCCCACGUCCUGCGCCCCAUCCCGCAGCGCCCGCCACCAGCGCCCCCGUCCCCGCCCUAUUCGGACGUGCCCUGGUCCCGGCCCCACCGCCAUGAGCUGCUUCGAGGAGGAGGGCGACUGGAGCCUGUCCUUCAGCGGCGCGGCCUUCCUCGGCCUCUACCACGUGGGCGUGGCCCACUGCCUGCGGGAGCGCGCCCCGCGCCUCCUCCAGGGCGCCCGCCGCAUCUACGGCUCCUCGGUCGGCGCGCUCAACGCCAUCUGCAUCCUCAUGGGACAGCCCGUCGAGUUCUGCUGCGACCGGCUGCUGGAUCUGGCCAAGCAGGUGGAGCAGCUGAGCCUGGGCGUGUUCCACCCCGCCUUCGCGCCCAUCGAGCACAUCCAGCAGCAGCUGCGGGCCCACCUGCCCCGUGACAUCCACGUCCGGGCCUCCCAGCAGCUGGGCAUCUCCCUGACCCGCUGGCCCGACGGCCGCAACGUCAUCAUCACGGACUUCGCCAGCCGCGAGGAGGUCAUCCAGGCCUUGAUCUGCACUCUCUACAUCCCUUUCUACUGUGGGGUGAUCCCCCCCGAAUUCAGAGGGGAGCGCUACUUCGACGGGGCUCUGAGCAACAACCUGCCCUUCUCGGACUGUCCCAGCACCAUCACCGUGUCGCCCUUCACCGGGACGGUGGACAUCUGCCCCCCGAGCACCUCGGCCAGCGUGCUCGAGCUGAACGCCUUCAACGCCAGCUUCCAGUUCUCCACCAGGAACUUCUACCUGGGGUUCACCUGCGUCGUCGCGCCCAGCCCCGAGAUGUUGGUCCACUACUGCAGACAAGGCUACCUGGACGCCCUGAGGUUCCUGGAGAGACGCGGACUCACCAAGGAGCCGGUGCUGUGGACGCUGGUGUCAAAGGAGCCCCCGGCCCCAGCCCAUGGGACCCGGGACACUGACCAAGACGGAGGCCAGAAGGCCGGCCUGUCGCUCAACUGGGCGGUGCCCAGCGUGCUGGUCAAGGACGUGCCCAACUUCAAGCAGCUGUCGCCGGAGCUGGAGGCCGCCCUGGAGAAAACAAGUAGGAGGGACCCCAGGCCCUGGGCCCGCUUCCGCCGCUCGACGCCCGGGAAGGCGCUGACCUACCUGCUGCUGCCCUGCACGCUGCCCUUCGAGUACGUCUACUUCCGGGGCAGAAGGCUGGUCCUGUGGCUGCCGGACCUGCCGGCCGACCUACGGUGGAUGCAGGGCGAGCUGUGGCGAGGGGCCCUGUGGGUGUGCUCCCGGCUGAGGGACCAGCUCCUCCCAAAGCUCAGCCCACCUGUCUCCAGCCCGCUCCCACCAGAGGCAGCUCCUCCUGCGCACCCGGCCCAGAAGCACGUGCCCCCUUCCCAUCGGGCCUGAGGGACACCACGCUGGGCCGGCCCAGCGACUGGCCUCUCCCAUUCUGUCGUGGUCCUUGUCCUGGGUCCUGGGUGCCCACGUCCAGGCCUUGAGCGAGGCCUGGUUCUGACUCAACCUCCAGAGCUCAGAGCCUGGCCCCUGGCCCUGGAGGACCGAGGGGCGGCCUCCCUACUUCCUCUCAGGCUCUUGUCCCGGAUGGUGUGGGUGGGUGGCCCUCAGGAGCCAGAAGGGACCCGCCAGCCCCCCUGCAGCCCCUGCUCCUUGCAGCCGGCUCCCUGGGGCCCAGCACUUCUUCCUGGGGAGAGGCCCAGCCUCUUGGUGCGCCCAGGUCACCCUGCGCCCAGGUCACCCGCCCCGCCUCAUCAGAGGGAGAAAGGAAGCAGAAGCUACGCACAUCACGUCGUGGUUCUGGCACUGCCCUCUGGGGCCUGGUGGUGGCCCUGCUGAGGAGAAGGGCUGGUGGGGCGCCUGGCAGGGCUGCUGGCAGAGUGAGCUGAGCGCUUUAGAAGGCGGGGAAGGUGCUCAGCCCUGAGAUCGGGAGCAGAUGGGGGGAUGGGGUGCUGUGCCUGCCCUCACAUCCUUUCUCUGAGUUCUCUGUCUGGCACCAGCCCUCGGGCAUGACCCCCAUGGUCUGCUCACUCCUCAACCUCGAUCUCUCCCUUCCUACUGGGUCCACCCAGCGAGAGCCCAGAGACGGAAGGGGAGAGGAGAGAGGUUAAAGGGAUU